CGAUGACACAGGUAGACAAAUAUUUGAAAAUUGUGUCAUCAUUGUUCUUAACAAAAACACGGAAAAUGUGAUUCUUUACUAUUGGAUUCUAAUGCUAAUGUUGAAUAAAAGGGUAUAAAUUUUAACCAGAGAUGUACAGACAGACGCCCACAGCGCUGAUAGCGGCCCGGGAGAAUGAAGCCCUCACCCAUGGCCAAGUUCUGUAUGGGCUUGUUAAACCAACAAAAGACAUGGACCAGGUGGAAUCUACUGCCGCUAUGGUCAAUGUCAUCCCCAAGAAAAGAAUCUACCGUAUGGAGAAGUUGGAAGAGCUGGACCUGUUUAUGGUGGAGCUUAUGAAGCGACCACUUGUCCUACAGCCGUCAGCACAUAUUGGGAGAGGACUCGCUGUGCUGGGGUGCUCGUUCUACACAACAGAAGAGAAGUGGCUUCUGUUGGUGAAUCAGAAUCAUCCGAAGGUGGAGAGCCGAAUCAAGAUGGCUGUUGAGGCCGCCAAGAAGAAAAUGAUACAGGGUCUUCCUUUUGUUGUAGAGAUCUCAUUUAACAAGUUCUUGAAGCGCGUAUACCUUGACAGACUGACGAAGGCUGUACUCAACAAGAAAUUUACGUUCAUAGACUUCGAAGGUGCUGAUCUCGUGAUUCGAUUUCCCGGAGAUAGAUUCAACAGGACUUCUAUAAAUCUGUCUCAAAACAAUGAUGUUCAUCUGGAGGUGGAGGAUUUACUCCCGAGUGAGGUUGAACGUCGGACAGUCAGUGAUGCCCAAGUGGAGUGGUCAAGCCCUGCGCUAAGAGUCAUCAUGCCAGAUGAGUUACAUGAUCUGAUGUCUGGCUGGCAGUUUGAGAACAUCGACCCCCUGGCCGCUGCGGAGAAUGAGGAGGACGAAUUUGACGAUGAGAAAUUAGGGGCUGAGCAUGGCGGGGCGGUUGGAGGGGGGUACCCAGGGUGGUCUGAGGUUGAGGAAACACAUCUUGGGGCCCAGCCCACCAAGGUCAUAGGACGUGCCCGCAGAAAGGCUGAUCAGAAUCAACCUUCCAAGAAGUAUGAAGUGCCAGUGGAAUUAUAUGUCCCGGGGUCUGGGGGUCCACAAGGGUCGCACAGGGUAGAAAGGUCACCUGUGCCACUAAGGUCACCAGGGUAUGGAGCGCAGCAAGAAGGCAACGCAUCAAAAUAUGAAGAUCUAAAGAGGGGUGGUAAUGUCAACGAACAUGCGUAUACAAAUACCCGCAUAGUACCCCCCAAGUCUCCUAGAUCCCCAGGUGUGACGAUGCCUCACAAUGGUGAUAGUGCUUAUGAGGAAAUGAAUGUUAGCAGACAGUAUAAUCAGCAGAGGUCACCUCAUGGUGCCUCGUCUCCCAGAAUGCCAGGGAUUUCACAUUCCCCAGGCCCUCGGACACCUGUUACACCCAGGAUAGAUGAUCAAUAUAAUAUGGAACGUGGUGACAGGUAUAGUUCACCAACGACCCCAGUGUCUCCAAGGCAAGUUACGUCUGAUGACCGAUACAUGAGGAAUGAAGAUAGAUAUAAUACAGACUAUAAAAGAAGGGAGGGUCUGUAUAACACAGAACAAGUUGACACAACAAGGCCGUCUCGUGCCACAUAUUUGACUGAUGAUACUGAUGAUGGUGGAUUUAGCAAUAGAAAUCCCCACUCUCCAUACACACCAAAGCUUCACAGCCCAGGGUAUGAUGCUAAUUAUAAUAAGACUGUUGAAACUAAUAGAUACGCAAAUGGCGGCCCAAUAAAAGCCCAAUAUGACCCUAGAGAUAGAUACGGGGAAAACCAAAACUUGGGGCAAAAAUACCCGGGACAGAUAAGGCCUCAAGAAAUUGAACGAUUGAGUCCGGGAAGUCAGCCCGUACCUACCCCGAGGGGCUUCCAUCGGCAACAAGGCAGCGGGCGAUCAGAUACAUCGGCGUCAGAUAGCGGAUUUGGUGAAAAUGACACUAUUGAGACAUCGAAGUACAAAAUAAAUAAAAAUGGUGCAAGACCAUGUGUUCCUUCUGAUUUAACAAAGACACCCUAUUAUAACCGUGCAUUUGAGCAGGACUCGCCAGAUAAAGACGCUGAAAUAGAGAGCAUCAUGGCGAAACAUCGUGCUUUGGCUGCACAGGCAGAGAACCAAGUUGUUCGAAAUGGUGGCUCGUAUGAACGAACAGAUAGGUACAACGACCCUAAAUAUACGAGUGAGUUGAAAAAAUGGCGGCAAAAUAUAAAUGACCUUGAGGAUUCAUGUGGAAUGCCCGAUGUACAAAUGUCAAGGACAAGAAUUCAAUCUGGAGUGGAACCAAUGGAAGAAAGCUUUAUAUAAUCUGCUGAUGACCAGUAUAUUUAGUCUACGUUGUGUUUUUAUCAGUGUGCGCCCAUGCAAAAUAUAUAUUCAGGAAUAAGUGUUUUUGGAAAUAAUUCUGGUCACCAAGGACUAUAGUUUAUCUAACAAUGUGGGAUUUUAAGUGCUUUUCACAUUAAGGAUUCAUAGUGUAUUCAGGGGUACUAUAUAUUGGUUGUAAAAAGGUCACCAUAUCAUCAACUUACACGUACAUCAAGAAUCAAGCUUUAAACUUGCAUUUAGGUUUUGAUAUAUAGCAUGUUUACCAUUUUUUUUUAUUUUUUUUUGUCUUAAAUGUUACCUCGUCUAUUUUUUUUUAAAGGAAAUAGGUCAGGGUAUUGCAAUAGCCUUGGUUUCGCCACUUUUGUUGCACAAGCACUGUAACCUUGGCCAUAACUCGAAAGUAUUCCAAAAUGUUCAAAUGAAACUUGUUAUACAUUUUGCCAGAGACAAUUUUAAAUGCGCAUGUACAGCCAGGCUGAUAGCUCAGGCUUUAAUUCUGGUGAAGUUAUGCUCAAUGUUCAACUGAUAAAAAAAUAUCGGACGAGCGCUGGCGUUCGCUCUGCGACACUCUGACUUGUUAAACUUGCUAUUGGAUCCACUAAAUGUUUGAUGUUUUCUUCACACAAAUUCUUGAAAAAUUAAAAAUAAUUCAUUAAAUUUUUUGUUUUGCAUUAUGAGACCUUCAGGCGCGCUGAAAUCUUUUUUUAUUCUAUCUUUUUUAAUGUAAAAAUCACCUUGCCAUUGGAAUUAAGCAACAUUGAAAUGGAUAACCUAUAAUAUUUGUCAUUUUCACAUUCAUGUAUAUAUACUGUUACAUUUUAAUGUGUGGGAAACAGAAGUGAGAACAUUCGCUAUUUCUUUCAUUUAAUAAAAAUGCAGUAAACAUUGAAUCUAUAUAAAGACUGGCAGUGAUUGGUUGACUAAUCUUCCAAGUUGAUCUUUUGGCAAUGUAGACUUGCCUCAGUGUUUGGUCCCGUCAUUAUGCAUUUAAGAUUUCAAGAACAUAUUUGAUUGGUUGUUGUACAUACCUACAAAUCUUUACUAUCUAUAAAUGAUGACCAAUAUUCAAAUUGUUUAUUAAAGUCUCAUCCAGGUACAUUAUCAUACAUACAAAUAUUCCAUAUAGGAAUGACGUCACCAUUACGUCAUAUGUACUUUCGUUGUGUGGAAAAUUCUCGAAAAAAAAAAUGUUCUUAUGAUUGAUAGACAUGUUUUCACAUGCUCAAUACACUGUAAAUCAAAACUAUCAUUAUUCCUGAAACUUUUAUACCUUAAGUAUCUAUUCUUGCUUGAUUUAUCAUUUAGAGUAGAGAUUAAAGCAUAAACCGCUGCCCUAUAGUUGAAAGGUCAUUUUGGAAGAUCUGUCAUGGCGGACAGUGCAAAUUUUAGAGUUUGUUUUUCAAGUGGAGUGAUUUUUCUUAGGAAUAACUUGACCCCCCUUUUUUACUGGCUUAAAAGAUAAUUUAAAGCUUGUACUUAAAGAAUAUAUGUGGUUAUCAUAGCCUGCAUUCGCUCGAAAAGCCUUUAAAUGUUGUCUGAAAAUUAUAAUUUUACAUUGAAUUAUAUAAUGAAUAACAAUGGUGGUGUGUAACCUAUAAGGGACCAAACUGCUUUGUUUAAAAAGUGUUAUUUUUGGUAAGAAAUGUAUUGCAUUUCACUAUUUCUGGCAAAUUUUCACAAUUAAAUGCAAUUAUCUUGUCUGGUUGAUCAAAAUAUGCUAUUUCCUGGUUUUCACAACUUUCGCCUAUUUUUUUUUUUUUAAAUGAGUCGUCUGCAAUCUUACGAGCACUGAAAAUGUCCAAAUUUGGUGAAAAUUUGACUGCGAGAACUUGAAAUGUGUGCAAAGAUGUGUAGAACUGCCCAAUUUGAUGCUUAGAAUGCCAUUUGAGUCAAGGUUCAGUUGAAAAACCUCAAAGAAUGGCAUUUUGGGCCUAAACGCCUUAGAAAAUACAGACGCACAGGCACUUGGGUGACAGGCAGUGAAACUGGAAAACCUGACACAGACUAUCAGAUUGAGCUAGCUUUGGGUGUAUUUAUGUAUGAAGGACUAAUCGUAAGUGUUUUUCAUUAAAAAUGCAGGGACGGGUUUAGUUAUAGGAAUGACGUCACCAUUACGUCAUAUGUACUUUCGUUGUGUGGAAAAUUCUCGAUAAAAAAAAAAUGUUCUUAUGAUUGAUAGACAUGUUUUCACAUGCUCAAUACACUGUAAAUCAAAACUAUCAUUAUUCCUGAAACUUUUAUACCUUAAGUAUCUAUUCUUGCUUGAUUUUUCAUUUAGAGUAGAGAUUAAAGCAUAAACCCCUGCCCUAUAGUUGAAAGGUCAUUUUGGAAGAUCUGUCAUGGCGGACGGUGCAAAUUUUAGAGUUUGUUUUUCAAGUGGAGUGAUUUUUCUUAGGAAUAACUUGACCCCCCUUUUUUAUUGGCUUAAAAGAUAAUUUAAAGCUUGUACUUUAAGAAUAUAUGUGGUUAUCAUAGCCUGCAUUCGCUCGAAAUGCCUUUAAAUGUUGUCUGAAAAUUAUAAUUUUACAUUGAAUUAUAUAGGGAAUAACAAUGGUGGUGUGUAACCUAUACCAGUGUACAUUAUAUUUACUGAGGUACAUGGUCAUCUUAGAGACUUAUAAGAGACUAUUACAAAUACUUUAACUACUCAUCAAUCGUUUAUACACAAUAAAAAAGUGAUGUAUUUUAGCUAAUCAUAACACACUCGUAUUGUGAAUGCAUUAAGAGAACUAUUAAGAAAUUAAAAUUAAUCUAUAAAACCAUAAUGCAAUUUCAAAUGUGCUCGUGUGACAGGUCUGUCAUUUAUCAUUUGUCGUUUUUCUUUAAUUACAAGUUACAGUGUUCAAGAAAGAUGGCAGAUAAAUCAAUAAGUUUGUGUGUUGUAUGGAGAGUCCCUGGCUUAUCCAUUCUCCUUACACUAUAUGAUGUAAAUGGACUUGUUUUCACUUCUGUUUCCAACGCAAUAUUUCUUGACACAAACAAACAUGUUGGUGUUCUAUGAUUAUAACCUUUUUAUUAUAUUUUGCUGUAGUUUUGAAUGGUUACACAGGAACAUGAAUGAAUACGGUUUAAAUACACUGCAAUAUAAAUUGGCCAGUCGUAAAUUUGAAUCUAAUAAAAAAUAAUUUUUAAAUAAUUUACUCCUUAAGAUAUUAGAUAAUUAUUAGGUUUUUUUUGUCAUUGCACAAUAUAUAAAACAUACAUCAACAGUACAUAUAUUUAAAUACAUGUAAAUUGUAAUGGUAUUUUACUUUUACUAAAAUUCUAUUUCUUCCAUUUAAGUAUUCAUUAUGCUUUUAAUUUGUAGUCAUUUUGUGCCAUAUUGUUUGACAAAGUGCUUUUUGGAAUAAAUAAAAAGUGCUGUUCAGAAUUUCUAAAAGAAAACUAGACUCUCCAAUGAUCCAGGCCGGUAUUCACAAAACAUCUAAGUCAUUUCUUAACUCACCUUGAUUUCAUAAACAAAUGUAGUCAGAUUAAAUUUAUAGAAAAGGUUAGUGUUUUAGCAUAAAAGUAUGUUCAUUACAUCAAAUUAAUGAAAAUAAAGUAGUUUAGGUAUAAUUAGGUUAUUUUAACAUAAUUUUAUGACAAGUGAGAUCCUUAGAAAUUGACUUAAGUUAGGACAUGAAUUGUAGUGUUUUUGCAACCUCUUUUUUAUUUUUGUGAAGCCAGUACAUAGCAUAGGCGAUGAUAACUUUGCUUUAAAAGACACACUUCAAUGUUAAUUAGUGCUCAACAUAAUAUUUUGACUCAAGUUUUCCAGUAGGUUUAUUUCAGUAAAUCAGUCAGCGAUUAAUGACUUUAAUCAGUUGAAUCGGUAGAUAUAAACAGUGGUGGGCCCAGGCAGUUUACAAAAUAUUAUGUAGACCACUAAAAAUUUAAUAAUCUUAGUAUGUACUUACUCAAGAUAAAUGGUUGUGCGCAGUAAACCAUUUAUUUUUGUUAAUACAAACCAUUAUGUUAUGUAUCAUUGAUGUUUUAUGAUUAUUUUAAAAACUGUUAACUUAAAGCUGCACUCUCACAGAUAAACCGUUUUUACAACUUUUUUUUUUUUUGUCUUGAAAAGAGCAAAUUUUGCGUAAAUAUCUCCAAACCAAUGAUUAAAGAUUACUGACAAAAGAUCAGAUAGCAGAUUUUCAUAUUUCUGUUUGAAAAUUGAUGUUUUAUGGCUAAAACUGUUAUCAACAGUUCAAGAAAAUUGCAUAAAACAAUUUUUGAACUUAGAUAUAAAAAUCGGUGAUCUAAUUUUUUGUCAGCAGUCUUAAGUAACUGGUUUCCAUACAUUUUCGUAAAAAUGUGCUUGUUCCAAGACAAAAAAGUUGUCAAGACGUUCAAUCUGCGAGUCAGUGCAGCUUUAAAACUUAUUAAUAUAUUUUUAUGAAUGUCUGUGAUUGUAGUUUUCUAAUAUUAGUCAAUAAAAAUGAACUAGGUUAGUAAGAUAUUAUAGGGGAGUAGAGUAGAUUUUAUUUUUAUACAACAAACAUUUUAAUAUGUAAAUAUUGGUACACUGUCUGCUCAUGUAUAUAUAUGUGUGUAUGUGUAAAUAAUAUAUUUCCAAUAACAUUAUUAAUCCUUGGACAUUCCUGUUUAAUCUUAUACAUGUACAUUGUUUCUCUUGAUUAACCAUAUUGGUGUUACCAUUAAUCAUCAUUUAUUAUUAUAUAUUAUAUAUUAUUUGUACCAAAACAUUCCACCAAUUGUCAGUUUAGGUUUAUUUUCAUGUUUUGGCCAUUGUUUUCAAGAUAUAUUGAAGGUUUUAUUUCAAAUUCUUAAAAUAUACUAGCGAUAUAAAGAAACUUUGCACGAUAACAAAUCUGUCUGAAAAGAUCUGAACGCUUUGUGGAGUUUUGGUUUAACCUAAUCAGCCAUUUUAUAUAAUUUGGACAAAAAUAUUAAACCGUCAUUGAGGUUUAUUUCCUUGUUUUCGUACAACAAAAUCAAAAUUUAUCAAAGGUUUAAUUUCAAAUUUUAAAAAUAAACAAGCAAAUUAAAGAGAAAAUUUGCAUGAUAACAAAUCUAUCUGAAAAGAUCUGCACACAUUUGAGGAAUUUCGGUGAUGUGUAAGCUUAUUUACACUCACUUUCAGGCCUGGCCCAUUCGGCGAGUGCUCAGAUAAGAUUGUUAGUCAUUUUAUGUUUUUGGAGCAUAGUGCGCAGAUAGAAUGUAACCCUGGUUACAGUUACACUGGUUCUUUAACCUGCACCAGUGUAUCCCGUGCCAAAAAAAAAGCUCAGCUUUCGAAAAAGCGCAGCUUUAGCUUAGCUAAAGCUAUGCUUUUCAAAAAGCUGCGUUUUUUUAGCUAAGCUAUUUUGAAAAAGCUUAGCAAAAGCUGUGUUUUUUUAUAGAAAGGUUAGCAAAAGCUGUGCUUUUUAAUAAUAGCUUAGCUAAAGCUAUUUUUUUUUUCUCUAAAAAGCUGCGCUUUUUCUUCAAAGCUGCGCUUUUUAAAAAAGAGCUGCACAAAAGCUAUGUUCUUUUCUCUAAAAGCUGAGUUUUUUCUUCUAAGCUGCGCUUUUUGUUUAUGAAGAUGCGUUUUUUAAAUCAAAGCUUAGCUAAAGCUGCGUCUUUUGACUAGGUAAAAGAUUGCCUCUUAGAAAAGCUGCGUCUUUUUCAUAUUAGCUGCGUCUUUUCCAAAAUUAAAAUUCGGUAAGUAUUUCUUUAAAAGACUAAGCUUUUCAAACAAAAGACUAAGCUUUUGGAGAAAAACAAAGGUUUAUAUUGUGAAAUUCAUUUUCAAAAUUUAUUAUUUAUUUAUAACACAGUUAUUAAAAUAGAAAUUCCAAAUAUUUUUUUGUGUUUUUUUUUUAUUCAAAACGCAGGUGUCUGAAAAUAUAUCAUUUUCCUAAAUACCUUUAAAUUGUUUUGAAAAUGUGUCCCAUCUCAUCAGGUCCUGAUUAUUCUAUUUUGGAUUUUUUAUUUUAAACUAAAAUUGAAUCCAUGUUGGUCAAGUUAUUCUUUGUCUCUGUACAUGCUGAUUUGAUUUAAAAUAAGACAAUUUUUGGCUGUCUUUGGCAUUUAACUAGUGCCAUUAAACUGGGUUUAUGUUUAAACUUUUUGCUACUCAGAGCUAGUUUCUGUAGUUUUGGGCAUAAAUAUUUUGGCAGGAACAGAAGAUACAUCUUUUUUUUAUUGGCAUCCCUUUUAAAAGUAUCUUUAGUUUUAUUGAUAAUCUACUGUCAUUAAAUAGUGCACUUUAAGUGUAUCUUUGUGUAAUAAAGUAAACAUUUAUGAAAUAUACACAUAAAUACAAGAAUAUGAAUGAAUGAAUCAAUGAAUCAAUCAAUCAAUCAAUCAAUCAAUCAAUCAAUCAAUCAAUCAAUCAAUCAACCAGUAAAUAAAUAAAUCAAUCAAUCAAUCAAUCAAUCAACCAGUAAAUAAGCAUUUCAUUAUUGAUCAAUAUACAUUCAAACUAAAAUAAAAUAAAAUAAUGAAAUAAAAAGAAAGAUUAUUUUAAAAAUCAAAAAUAUAUUAUAUUUUUUUUAUUUAAAUCAAAAGAACACAUUUUACUUAUAGGCAAUAAUCAAUUGCAUGUAAUAACAACAUUUAUAGAAUUAUUAUUCCUUAAAUUUCUUGUAAUGCCACUACCAAAUUCUUUGUCAUUUCCUUUCCAAUUUUACAACAUGCAUGAUAAGCCUGAUGUUAUCUGAUUGUACCAAGGACCAAUUAAAUCUCAGCAUUUAGGGAGCCAAUUUCAAAUCAAAGCUACUGGUAGCCAUUUUGUUGGGAUUUCAUUAAAAGAAUUUUGAUGAUGUUUUAAUUAAUAAAUGAAUUCGCACCAAUUAAAACAAAUUAAUAGUAAAGGGAUUAGUGAAGUAAAAUAAUGAUCAUUAGAUCAGAUAAAUAUGAACUAUGAUUAGAAACAUGACGGAUGAUUUGUGAUAAACUGACAUGUGAAAGCACUCAGGUCAUGGUAUGUAUUCUUUAUUUCAGUUGUUAAUUUCACUGUUAUGACACUUGACUACUUGUGGGACUUUUAUUUGUCAACUUUCAAUCUAGUGCACAUAUUUUAAUAAAUAACAAUGCUGUUGUAGAUAGUAGCUGGAUGUAGGAUUAUUGGUCCCAUAUAGUACAUUUACGUAGUUUUAAAACUCUAUGAAGAUGCACCUGUUUUCAUCCUUAUAUAUAUGUUAAUAUCAUAUUAACAUAUUAAACUGAAAUUGCCAUGUUUCCAUACAUAUGCACACUAGCACCUUUAAUGCUAUACAAAUGAUUACAGUGUUGGUUUUUGGAGGGGUCAUAAAACUGCCAUCUGUCACAUGGCUUACCAGUUAUUGGAAACUGGCCAAAUUGGGUCAAUCAAUUUAAGUUAAGUUCUAAUAAAGUCAUUACAUAUUUAAAAUAUGAUACCAUGUUUUAUUCCAGAGCUGUCAGGAAUCUCUAGAUUUGACAAAAAUAUAACAAAAGAUCCUUGAGACUGUCAUUUUCCAAUUUGGAGCUUUAACAGUUUCAUGAUUUUCUAUCAAUUAUUUUUGCCACUGAGUAAAAGGUUAUUUUAUUAUUGCUAAAUUUGACAAAUAUGUACUUGUUUGUCUGUUUGUAAAUACAUUAUGUCCAGUUACAAGGUGUCAUGUAAAAUUAAAUAUGAAAUAAUAAAAAUAUAUGUAACACAAACUCAUGUUUAGGAAAUUUAAAUAAAGCAAAAUGUCUAUGUAUUUAUUCAAAUGUGUUCUAUUUUUGAUGGUUCAAUAUAUUUAUAUAACACGGUUUAAACACACUUGGUGCAUUUUUUUUUGUUUAAUUUCGUUAAAAGCGUAUAUUUUUGUUAAAAAAUUCACUUUAGAUACACUCAAGUGUGUAUUUAGUGCGUUUUUUUUGUAAAAUCUUUUCUUCACCUGUGGUAUUUUUUAUGAAAAUAGGAGCUACGUUUUUUUUUUUUUAAAAAGCUGCGCUAAAUUAGCUAAGCUAUUUGAAAAGCUUCAUCAUAAAGCUAAGCUUUUGGGCCAACACCGCCAUAAAGCUGCGCUUUUCAUAAUUAGCUAAGCUAUUUUGAAGAAAAAACACAGCCCCAUCCAAAAGCUAAGCUUUUGGGCCAAUUCUGCCAUAAAGCUGCGCUUUUCAUAAUUAGCUAAGCUAUUUUAGAAAAAGCUAAGCUUUUGGGCCAA